AUGACAACACAGCUACUCCAGGCGCUUCGGCUGCCGUCGUUGGCCCUGCAGCGGUCUCAGCUCAAUCGAAGAGCCAAGGAAAGAGACAGAGGCAGAACCAGAGCACCGCAGCCUCUGCAUUCGCCAGCGCAACUGAAUACACCAGGAUUAAACUUGGUGUUCCCCGCGUGCCCCUCUUGCACCCACAAAGUUACGCAUCACCACAAAGGCGCGGCCAAAAUGAACUGGAAUGAUACUGCGCGCGCACAGAGUCGACAGUGGGAGUGCCAGAGCUGCUGCUUGUAUCUUAAAGAGCAGGACGUCAGCUGGACUUACCGGAUAUCUCUCACUCUGGCCAAUGUGGUUAGCACAACUGGUGGCAGUAGUAGCAGCAUGAAGGAGGUAUCCGUCAGCAUCCUGGGCCCGGCCGCUGAUGUGCUUUUUGGGUGUACGGCGGCCCAAUGGGUUGAGGCGGUGGACCGCACGGUGGAAGCGCUUGAGAACAGCACGCACUCCAUCUGUGCUGCGGCCGCCACAUUGGCUGAGCGCAUGGCAGACCAGCUCGCUGCACUUGUUGAUAUUUCUGCCGGCGUACUCGACCCGUUCAUGAUUUUUGAAUGCAAGCAGAUAUCGAAUGCGUACGCGCGCAGCAACACCAACCAAUGCAACGUGUCGCGGAUGAGCAGAACGAGUGUUUGCAAGGAGCUUGCAGAAAUUGGAGGACCGCCAUUGAUACAUCUGUGGCAAAUGGUGGCUUUUGGAGCACUGUCAGCAGAGCUCGGUGCUGCUAGAGCCGAGCAAAUAUUGGGUUUAGGAUUUGCUGCGGCAUUCAAGAACGUGUGUGUUGCUGAUAUUAUUUCCGCAGCGCCCAUUUUCCCAUUUUGUGAUCCAGGCACUGGCACUUUGGCUGCGGACCAGUUCGCUAUAGACAUGAACAUAGAAAAACACCUCGAUUGCGAUGCCAUUUUUCAGCUCUGGAGAUUGGACAGAGCCGACCAAUGUGCGAGCACGAUUCGAGCUUGGGAACACACCACUUCUGCGCAACAGAUAAGCAGCAUUAUAGACAACGACGACCUUGACGACCUAUUUGACCAUUGCUCGCAGCUUCUGCUGUCCAACAACAAUAGCGCGGUGAGGCCUGAGGCCAGGUCAGCAAACACAAGCGACCCGCUGUUAUCUGCCCAGCUCCUGGACGAGAGCCGUUAUGACGAGUACUUGCACAACCUGUUUAUAGACUCCCAGCAGGGCGAAAGCACACUCUCGCAGCAGCCACAGUCUGUCGGCAGCAACAGUAGCAGCGGCACUAACGAAAGCGUGCUUUUUGACGCUGGAAUUCCUUACGACUGCGAUUUAUCGGCACUUUUGGCCAUGUCUCCGUUUAUGUGUACCAACGAUAGCAUUUUGCGCAGCCCAUGCGAAACACCAGCAGCAGCGGCAUCAUUGAGUGCAUUCGAGCAGACACUCGAGUCCACUCUCAGAGAAUUGCACGAGCACAAAAGUCAGCCCACCACUAGCCACCGAGCAACAAUGUUGGCGGCGGCACCGGUAUUUGCACGCACAAUUAGCGAAGGCGCGCAACGAACCCCUACAAGAAAAGGAAGAUUUGAAAAUAGCGGCAGCGCAGAACCAGUGAUUUUGGCACAAGAGACGCCAGUCGCUGAGCAACAUUCACCUGUCAGAAAGCGAUCCAGAAUUAUCGUAUGCGAAACGCCAGCGGCUCUGCAGCGUACACUGUCGCUUAAUUCCGUACCCCGCAGCAAGCGGUCUCCAUCAAACAACACGCCUUCACGUACCAAUAGCAAUUAUGCCAAUUGCUUAGUUGUGCCCGAGACACUGCUGCCAGCAUCAUCGACAACUAGGGCGCGCAAGGUCCCAUAUGUUAAACCACAAAGAACAAAAGUUGAAUCAACAUUGAGGGUCGGUGGUGUCAACAAGGGCAAUGCAAAUGUGAGGCCAACGCAGCCGUUGUCUUGGCUGGGAAGGCAGCUGAGCUUGUCAGUUAAAGGCAGCAGCGGCAAUAGAAGUGUUGGUUACGCGCAGCCACCACGACCAAGCACAAGACCAUCGCAGAAAUCUCAUGAGCAGCCGACUGUGUCAGCACUCGAGGCUCCGGCAGGUCGACAGAGAACCUUGAAGCUUGUCAAAAGAGGCACCAGCAAUAGCACCAGCGACCUAUUGAAAGACAAGAACUCGUGA